AAUCUUAAUGCGGUGACGUCACCACCGUCGAAAUCCAGCAGCAGCAGAAGCAGCAGCAGCAGAGAGGAGGAGCGGGGAGCUCUCGCGCUUCAUCACGGGGGCCCCGCGCCUCCCUGCCCCCCGCGGGCUCUGCCUAGGGGCCCUGGCAGCACCAUGCGUGCCCCGUGGGUGCUGUGGGCCCUGGCGGUGCUGGCUGAGGCCUUGCUCGGAGUCUGUGCGCGCCGCGUCCUCGAAGCUCCGAGUCGAGGACAGCGCCUUCACCCGGUGGAGGUGGUCACGUGCUCGGGGAACGUGAGCGGUGCGCACGUGGAGCGGACGCCACGUGGGGCGCAGCGCUGCUCCCCCGCGGAGCCGCACCCCCACGGCUCCCCCCCGGGUCGCCGCGACUCUAAGCCUGUGGGUGCCCGUGAGCGCGUGUUCUCGUGGAGGGAGCUCAGCCGAGGUGGGGACGCCUCCCGGCGGCAGAAGCGCGACUGGGUGAUCCCUCCCAUCAGCGUGCCUGAGAACGACAGGGGUCCCUUUCCCAAGCACCUCGUCACGGUGAAGUCCGACAAGGACGGCAGCAGCGAGCUCCGCUACAGCGUGACGGGCCCCGGCUCCGACCUCCCUCCCAUCGGCGUCUUCACCAUCAACGCCAUCACGGGCCGCCUGUACGUGACGCGCUCGCUGGACCGCGAGCACAUCGCCAGCUACCAGCUGCGAGGCCACGCCGUGGACCUGAACGGCAACCAGGUGGAGAACGCGGUGGAGCUGCUCAUCCAGGUGAUCGACCAGAACGACAACAAGCCCGACUUCUCGCAGGCCCUCUACAACGGCUCCGUGCCCGAGGGCUCCCCGCCCGGGACGCCGGUGAUGCGGGUGCGGGCGGACGACGCCGACGACGCGGAGCAGCCCAACGGGAUGGUGCGCUACAAGGUGGUGUCCCAGGAGCCCGAGCGGCCCUUCCCGCACAUGUUCACCAUCAACAACGCCACGGGGCUCAUCAGCACCAUCGCCUCCGGGCUGGACCGCGAGAAGGAGCCGGUGUACAGGCUGCGCAUCCAGGCUACGGACAUGGAGGGCACCUGGUUCGGCCUCACGAGCACGGCCCUGGCGGUCAUCCACGUGAUGGACGUCAACGACAACCCACCCGAGUUCCGGACCUCCACGUUCUACGGCUACGUGCGGGAGAACGUGCGCGACGUCACGGUGGCCAACAUGAGCGUGCUGGACCUGGACGGGCCCGGCACGGCCGCGUGGCGCGCCCGCUACGCCGUCCUCCGCGGGGACCCCGGCGGGCACUUUGCGGUGCACACCGACCCGCUCACCAACAACGCCAUCCUCACCGUGGUCAAGCCCGUGGAUUACGAGGUGGACCGCCGCUUCGUGCUGUUGGUGGAGGCGAAGAACGAGGAGGAGCUGCAGGGAUCCCCGUACGCGCCCUUCUCCACGGCCACCGUCUCCGUGGCCGUGAGCGACGACAACGAGGCGCCACGCUUCUGGCCCGAGCGGCGCACAGUGCGCGUGGCCGAGAACGUGACGCCCGGCACGGCCAUCGGAAACCUGUCGGCCCGCGACCCGGACUCGGACAUGAGGCAGACCGUGCGGUUCUCGAAGCUCAGUGACCCUGCGGGCUGGCUGUCCGUCGACGCGCUCGGAGGUCGUGUGGUGACCACGGCCCCUCUGGACCGCGAGUCUCCCUUCGUCUCCUCCGGCUCCUACGUGGCCUCCUUCAUCGCCACGGACGGCGCUGGCGGCACGGGCACGGGCUCACUGCUGUUGGAGCUCGUGGACAUGAACGACAACGCGCCGGCGCUGCUGUCGCGCGAGGCCGAGCUGUGCCUGCGUCCCCGCGCGCGCCGCUCCCUGAACCUGACGGCGACGGACGCGGACGGCGACCCCAACGGGCAGCCCUUCUCCUACGAGCUCGCGCCCUCGCCCCCUGACGUGCGCCGCAACUGGACCAUCAGGCGCAUCGACGGCCGCAGCGUGGAGCUGCAGCUGCGCGUGCCGCAGCUGCCCGUGGGCCGCUACGCGGUGCCCGUGCGCGUCACCGACUCGGGGAACCCGGCCAUGAGCAACGUCUCCGUGCUGCUCGUCAAGGUCUGCGUCUGCACCGACGACGGCGAGUGCGCGCUCGUGCAGCCGCUCGUGGCCGCUCUCGGCACCGGCGCCAUCAUCGCCAUCCUCACCUGCGUGUUGCUGCUGCUGGUCCUGGUGCUGCUGCUCGCCGCGUACUCGCGCCGCCGCGACAAGGACCACGCGGCCAAGGAGCUGCUCUUCGAGUCGGAGGAGGACGUGCGCGACAACAUCCUGCGCUACGACGAGGAGGGCGGCGGCGAGGAGGACCAGGACUACGACCUGAGCCAGCUGCAGCGCCCGGGAGACUCCCCCCUGCGUCGGCCGGAGUGCGCCGGCCGCGGCGGCGGCGGCGAUGCCGGCACGGCCCUCCGGCGCCUGGACGAGAGGCCCACGGCCAGCCCGGGCCCUCGCUACCCGAGCCGGGCAGCGGGGCCCCCGCAGCACCCCUCCGACAUGAUGGACUUCAUCGGGGAGAGCCUCCGCGCGGCCGACCAGGACCCUACGGCGCCCCCGUACGACUCGCUGCUCAUGUUCGACUACGAGGGCAGCGGCUCGACGGCGGGCUCCCUCAGCUCCCUCGAGUCCUCGUGCUGCUGCGGGGGCACCGAGGGCCCCUCCGGGGGGGACCCCGACCACGACUACGCCUACCUGCGCGAGUGGGGGCCCCGCUUCCGCCGCCUCGCCGACAUGUACGGCUCUCACGAGUAGCGGCGGGCGGGGACGACCCCUCGCCCCGUGCCAAGUCUCCAGUGCCAAGUCUCGUCCCCUCCAUCCCCUCGUGCCCUCCUCCUCCCUUCCUCUGCCCCCCACCCAUCCCUACCUACUCAGCCUUUUUCCGAACGGGCUUCAUUUCUCACCGAUGAUUUUCCGCGUCGCUAGCUCGAGUUGGGUAGGUGGCACGUGGCCCUGGCUAGCCACAGCCACCGCAAAAGUGGAGGUAUGCUGGAUGCGGCGGGUCAGUCGUGAAUACAUUUAAGUCCUGGGGGCUACAACACCGGAGUACCCCCCCCCACCCCACACUCUGCGGCGGGGCGAAGAGAGGCCACCCGCUCCACCAGAGCGUGCCAUGCUCUCGGGAAGAAGCCCCGCGGGCGUUGAGGCUUGGCGCUCGACGCCCACGCGGCUGGGCGCUGUCGGCCGUGGCCUCGUGAAUAUCCCGGAGCCCCCGCGAUCACGGGAAGAAGCCACCGAGUAGCACGAGGCCGCCGCCCGCGAUGGAAACCACUCAUGGACGAGGCCCCCCCCCCCCCCCCCCCCUCAACUGGCGGGGGGUCCCGUGGGCCAUGAGUCCAGCCGCGAGCUGGGGCAGCGUUGCGCACGCCGUGUGAUGGCGGAGCUGCCGCGUGGAGAUGGAGGUCUCAAAUCUCUACCCGCACGCCGCGGCCCUCGCCGAGUCUCCACACGGGAGCUCUCAUUUCACGCCCGUCACUGAGAGGUGGUGGUGGUGGUCGUGCUUGGCGUGUGUAACCAUUGUGCGGGUGGCGGUGGUGGCCCAGUGAGAUGUCGCCUCCCGUGUUUGCCCCAGGGGCUGGCUGCACGAAAUACCUUUGGCCAGGUUCGUUCACAAGUUGGCGCGGCAGUUGCAUCGUGCAAACAUUCCCAUGUUCUCCCGAUUGCAAGACGCACUUGAUCCCUACCCUCGAUUCUAAAGCAAACCUUGGGGGUGGGGGGGUCUGGCAGUUGCGUGAGCGUGACCAGAUAUGCAUAACUUUAUUGACACAGGGCACAAGUUAGGGGUGCGUCUUACUUUCAAGAGCAUCUUAUAAUCUGGAGAAUGUGAUAUUUGUCUUAAGUCUGAUGAUGAUAAUAAUACCAACGUGAUUUCUUUAACGCUCCAUCUUUGUGUUCGUGUCCUUUCUCUGUACGUGGCGGGUUUGUUCCUCCUCCUCCUCGCGAUGAAGGAUGAAGUAUCGUAACACGACUAACGCUUCAAUGAACGCCGCGACGUCCAAUGCUGUAAAUAUACGUUUGAAAGAAAAAAGUGUUCGCAUCUCAACGAAACGGCCAAAACGCAUCGAAUGGCCUUGCCGUUUGCCCCACCACCCCCCCCCCCCCCCCCACCAUUGGCGGCUGUGGGGAUGUCGGCGCAACUUCACCAAAAAAUCCGAUGACCCCUUCCCUCGUCAGGCAGGAUUCCCCUUUGCCGUGCGAGGUCUCGCUCAAGGGAGAGAGGCGCUGGCUUAGUCAACGGAGGGCAAGUGCAAAAAAAAACGUAAUUGUUGUACUGUACUACGCUCCAACCGUCUAUGCGCGCCACCUUCAACUGUUGUACGAUCUAAGACCCCACCACCACCCGCAUGGCGUAGGGGGAGGCUCACAUCCAGCAGUGGAUUGACCAAAGGGCUCGCCGUGUAGACGUACUGUGCGAGGGAAAGGACCGCGAGGGGUGUCCGUGAGACCGCCUGCCAGGGCUCUGGGGGGACGCAUCACGCUCGCUCGCCGCCAGUCGCGGUGCAAACACGUGGCGGUGGUGGCGGUGGUGGUGGCGCGGUCACCCUCUCGCUCGCCCACGUGGGGCGGUUGUUGUUGUUGCUCGGGUGGUACCGCGCAAUGCUCGGCACCAUUGUCUGACGUUUCUCUCCACGUGCCGGGAGGUUCUUCAGGAACCGCACGCGUUGAGCAAAACGUCAGACAGCCGUGCCGAGCAUCGCGCGGCACGACCCGGCAAACGCGGCGGAGAGCCGUACGGUAGCACAACCGCGAAAGCCAGGCGCGAUCCCCCUCUCACCCACGUUGACCAUGAACUUUGCAAAUCGCCCAAGUACAAGACACCGAAUGAUGUGUACAGCACCACAGGCCCACUGGCGUGGCAAACAUUGUACUGCCAGUGACAGAAUCAUGCCCUUUACUUACCCGGGAAAUUCUCCUUGAGUCUCAAAACUUUUUUUUAGGAGAGCCCUGCAGCAUUUGCAAGAUUAGUCAAUUCCAUUAUAAAACUUUGGCUUCGUAUCAGAGAAAACUGUAGUAAACUGAAAAAAAAACCCACCUCGCAUACGAUGGGUGGGGGGAGGGGCACCUGGCACUGCCAUCUCCUGGCCACACCUCGCAGCCCCACGCCUACAACGCCUGGCAAGCCCUGGUGCUCACCCCUCCAGGAACUAAGCAGGCCAGAGCGCGAUUAGCGUCUGAGAUCCGACGAGUUCUGGCGCAUGUAUCGGUGAUAGGGCCAUGUGGCACGUAACUGCGCCUUUCCGCAAACCUCAUUCAAUAAACCUGUGACCUUAGAACCGUUGCUGAGAUUUGCAGCCAAUUAGGCCAAUUAGAUUAAUUGAACCCGCUUGGCUGUAAGCCAGCACAGCACACUGUCGGGAGGUUAGGGGCCCAGAGGUCGGCUAUAUAAAACCACUUAACUAUAAUAUUCCCCUAGCGGCUUCUUUAAAUCCGUGUUAAUUAAGGAGGGCGGGGGGAUUCUCGCGUAAGGUGUUUUAUUCACGUGGCGGCAGACGGACCCUGGUCGGAACGGGGACUGCCCCUGACCACGCCACAGUCGGAUCCCGGGGAGAGGAAGAGGUGGCGAGGGGGGUUGGGUCUCCCAUGCCAAGCAAUGCCACGUGCCAGAUCGGCUUUACUGUUAAACUUCUCAAACCCCGGAGCAGGCACCCGUCUCCCUCCCCCCUCUCUCUCGCUCUGUCUCUCUGUGCCCUGUCCCCCGCUAGCUUUGGAGGAGAGACGCUUGCAGCGCAUUCUCGCCCCCCCCCAACUCCUCUCGAGUGUUGAUGUCACGGGGUCGGCGGCGGGUGGUGGUGGUGGGGGAGCGACGCACGGGGUCGCAUCAUCGCCCCCCCCCCCAGUGUGAUGCAUGCUUCAAGGAUGCUGCCGUGCGCGCGCGCGUGCCUGCGCCUACCUCCGCGGCCUCCUCUCGGUUCUGUGUGUGUGUGUGCGUCUCGUCCACUUUUUACAGCCCGGCUUUUUGUAAACCGUGCGCCCGUGUGCGUGGAUAAGGGGAACGCAGCUCCGGCUGCCGUGCGUUUUGUACUCGUGGCGCGUGAACGCAGCGCGCGGGGCGCCACGUGGCGCCACGUGGCGCCGCUGCCACCGCCGUUGCUGCGUCCGCGGGGAAGCGGAGUCGUCCACCAGAGUCCACCACGCCCGCGCCAUCAGUCGCGCAACCUUGGCUGCAUGCAACUGUGGCUCGUCUCUGCAACCAAUCGCGAGCAACUGUCACAGCCGCUUGCGUGCGUGCAGUAGAGACGGAGACUCUGCUUUCAAGCAACUCAAUACAUUGGUCAAUAACAGCUGGUGCCUUCAAAUACAAAUGUAUGACGGAAGGUCCAUUGCCAGAAACGUCGUCAAUUAGAUUAUUUUCCGUUGAAGGCCACAGUUUUAUUGAGGAACGUGUUGAGUUUGUUGCUGUUGUUGAUUGUGCUUGUGCACCGCUGCCAACGCAGCAGUAACAGCGUGUCGCUAAAUAAUUGGCCCACUUUCGAGUUUCGAGCGACCCUGCUUUGGCGAUUCGGUUGCCCAACCGGCGGGGCCGAGGUGUGGUGGAGCCGGCGGGAGAGGUUCUCGUCGUGUCGUCGUGUCGUGCUGUCGAGCGUUCCGCGUGGACGCCGCCGUUCUCGCCGUUUUGUCGCGUCCCCACUCGGGGGGGGGGGGGGGGGGCACGAACGCCCAGUGGUCGCGUGCCCCGUGUUUUAGCAGCGCCGAGUUAAAAUGUGCAACACAAAGCCACGGCGUGUCCUCGAAAUAACAGAAAGCCAAAGUGAUGUGUCAGCUCACAUGAUCAUUGGGGCGCUCACCUGCUAUUUUACAGCCCUGAGCCAGUGGUAAAAAUUAAUCGUUCCCGUGGCGGGUUUGAGUUUAUCCGUAGGACAACCACUGUUAUUGACUUUGGAGGGAUGGUUGAUUGAACGAAUCUAUUCCCCCUAACCGUGAUUUGACCUCACAACCUUAAGAUUAGUGAGCAGCUCGCUCCACCGCUAGGCCACCGAACCUGGGAAUAGCGUGGGCGGAUAUUCCUUGUCCCGCACAUAGCAGAGCUUUUUUAACACCCCUAAUACUUGAACACAACAUUGGAAGGAUAUUGAAAAUCGCACUCCCGAAGCUCAGUCAAGUUAUCGUGCAAAGCCACGAUGCUAACCGCGUCGCCAGCCGCGUCUCUACGCUGCUCAGGCAGUCUCAGUGUGGGUCUCUACUGAAACACUAUAUACUGCAUAGCAUUGGAUUGUACGUGACAGAACUGGCUUAUGAUUUUCCAUGGUUUCAGUGGCGUAGUAUUGAGCAUAAGGCCACAAUCACCUCCAUAGCCUGCACGGUAUGGGGUGGCCCUCAUUCAGCAGUGUAUUAAUAUAUACACCACAGCAUCAUAUCUAUUUAAAAACAAGUUUGGCAGGCUGGCUGGCGCGCGGGCGGACAAGUGCUCCGUGGUGACGUCAUACGCACAUCUGCGUGAUGACGUCACAUUCAUCCCACCGCGUUGAUCCGGGUUCGUGCGUGCCGACGUUUCGCCUCCCCACACCCACCCUCCACCCCGAAUUUGUAUCCCGCGAAAAUACGCGGGCGGUACUGUUUCGCAUUGCAAGCUGUGAAUCGGAUGCAUGUGGUCGUCAUGUACCCCAUCACUGAAUCAUCCUCGGUAUUUCGAGGACAUGCUGUACUACCUCCCGAUGUGUUUUUUUUCUUUGUACUCCGUGCAGCUGCGAAAUUUUUGCGCGUUCACAGGGGCUGGGACACGAGGCAAGAAGCGCCGUCGAUUGCCUCGUGCCGACGACUCCUCAUCUGUGAUCUGGCCUCCUGUGCUUUUCUCGCUGCGGAGUGACGGCGGCUUCUGUUUUUUACUCAAAUAAAUCUGUGUCUCACUUUUUGCA